ACCACAUCCACCUAUCGAGGGGCUUGGCAUGGACCCAAGAGGGAGAGAGCUGUCGCGAAUCACAUGUCAAGCAUUCACUCCACGCAUCGGAGUGCUUGCACACCGAAAACCCGGCCAGGGCCUUUCAGGCUCGAUGGACCCUGAGGUCCCGGAACUCCGCUAGCCUCAGCGCCGUCUCGAGCGCGGCUGGCCGCGACGCGUCAAACGCCGAAUUGAAACCGCAUCCCAACGACGCAACCCCGCGACCUCGCACACACCGGCAAAGCCACAUUCUAUGCGCGGGCACAUUGCCCUAUCAUGCUCUGGCGAGGUUUCAACGCCAUGGUCAUGUCUAAAAUUGGACGCAAUCAGCUGCGGCCAUGGAUGACUUUUCCGACGACGGCUUCGACGACCUGAACGACACGGUGCUGCAGGAGCUCGAAAAUAAUGCGAUUCAAUUUACUCAGGCUCAACAACUAGCUCAAUCGCAAGCUGCACCGCCCGCGCAGAACGAUGCCUUCGAGUACGAGUUCGAAGAUGACGACCUCGAUGAUACCGUCGUGAUUGACGAACACGCUCUCCCGCCGCCCCGCCCCGCGCCACAGCAGACUGCCGUUCCGAUCCAACAACCCCGCCAUACCACGACAGGCACACAGCGAUGGAACCAGCACCUGCCGCCCUCGAGGUUGGCUUAUCCAGCACGACCGCAGUACGCGCCGCCCUCACGACCGGUUCCUCCGCCUCUACCCUCUCGGCAACGGUACCCAGCUGGUUCAUCGCAACGGCAUCCUCCUGUGGCAUCAGCGCGCCCGCAACAAGGGGCCCAACAGUCACAAUUUGCCCGGCCGCCUGUGCCAAUCCCCCACACAUAUGCGGCUCGACCGUCCCAAGUCCACCAUGGCGCUGGCCCCGCAAGCCAGAACGAGAUCAUCGCGACACUGCGAGCUCGUGUGUCGGAGUUGGAGUCGCACCUCACGGCAUCUAACGGGGAAAAUUCCAUCCUUCGUUCUGCACGCGGCAAAGACCGCGUAACGUUCGAAACGGAGAUCGCGCGUAUAAAACGAGAAAACGCUGAGAAGCUUGCCGAGCAAGAGCGCAUCGCCGAGCAAGCGCGUGCAGCAGAGCGUAGCACUGCGACCGAGCUGCAGUUUGCCCGCCAGGACCUUAGAGAGGGACUGGGGCGCACAAAGUCCAAGCGGAAGGACGGUCCGGCAACGCCUAGGAAGGAUAGGACAUGGGGGAUGGCCGAUGGUUUCGACGGCAUCGAGGUCCUCUCCAGUCCCAGUAAAACCCAGAACUUGAGACGAAAAGAUUCUGGCCCUGCUGCUGUUCCCGCCGUCGAGCGCACGCCAACGAGAGGAAAAAGGAAGCGCCCGAUUGUUGACAGUCCAACAUUUGCUCUUGAAACAGACGGAGGAGACUCGGUGUUCGAUAGCGCCGACGCCGUCAACGCACCAUCCUUCUCUUCGUCGACUGUCCCGCGGCCGUUACCCCUGGAUUUUUUGAGGCUCUUCCUAGAUCACACCGCGAUUCACGAUCAGCCCCCGACGUUCGAUGUCUUCUCGCACUACACCUUCCCUGCGGACCAAAAGCAUUCGCUCGCAUCGAUAAUCCUCCAGAAACUUCCCCAAAUGGGAACUCCCGGCGAACCAUUAACCCUCUUGGUCGACUUUGCGGACAUGCUGAUCGAGAUGUGGCACCAGUGUCUUGCGCAAAGAUACUACGGGCCCAUAUACCACCUCGUCGCCUUGACCAUGUACACUCUCGAGCUCAACGCGGCUGAAGUCGCGCCGCACAUCAUCUCAUCACUUAUUCCGGUCUGCGCAACAACAUGCCGCCUUGUGGCACUUCCCCGGCUCAACAGCGUUGAUGGCGAUCUGUCGGCGCACCCAGACGCGGUAGUCCGGCAGCUAUGCCUGAACAUCGAUGUCACUCAUUGCCUUUCCCUCCUCUACCUCGCCGCCCUAGCCUGUCUGCCAGCCCCUCUCCAAGUCUCUGACGCCUCCGAUGCGCCACAACCUUGCCCACAGCUGGAAUUCUGGAGGACAAUGGAAUUCGACUUCGUCUUGACGAUGCUCUCCCCAAAACAUCCGGAAACGGAUUGGUUGGUCAUGAUGUCCAUCUUGCGGACGUCGGUCACCUCUACCAGCAUCGGUCCCAUCCCCUCGUCGACAACCGAAUCGCCGAGCGGCCGCUCUGAGACAAGGAACCCCCGUGCAGUUGCAGCCACUGUAAUUGACUGCGUAUCUUCCUUUUUAUGCGAGGGGCCGCGAUGGGCAGCUCACGGGUCUGCGAAAGAAGUUGCCGUCAGGUGGGCCGCACUCGAGACCCUAACAACGUUUGCUACGAGUCACUUUGGCGCGUUGCAAAUCGCAGAGAGCGACGUUGCCAUUCCUCGUCUUGUCACGGUGUUGUGCUGGGCUAUCGAUCGCCUGUAUGACUCGGACCUGCCCUUGCAGACCGGGAAGCGGAUGGACACGGGAAACUCUCGGCCCGACGGCGGCGAUGAAAUGGACGUGGAUCAACAAGAUUUAGAUGGCACCGAGGACAUGAAAAUAGAUGGGGGCGAACCAGACGCCGAAGCCUUGGGUGUUACGGAGGAGACCGCACUGGAUGCGAUAACCGACCCUAUGAGCCUCCUCUACAACAUCAUCUCGCGGGCAACACGGUUGCUCCAUUUUAUCGUCACGGACCCCAGGACAUCAGACGCCGCCAACACGUCGGCGAAGCUGGCUGCUUCUCACGGCGGCUCGCAACGCUACUUCCUGGCGCUCGCGAGGCUCAACUUUGCUGAGGAAGAUCUGGUUCUGGAGGCCGGGAUCGACGCCGAAACAGUAGAGUUGGCGCAUGAGCUGCUGGAGCUCGCCGUGACGCCGGACGAAGGCGAGGAAAUUGGUGACAUGUUUGAUUGAUAUGGUGUUUGCGAGUGGCCGAGGCUAUACCUAGGUGGGAGGUGGUUGGCAGACGAAGUCACGGUUGAUACCCCGGGCGUGUUCCAGGCAUUCAUGACGGAAAAUGUAUGUUUUGACAGACAUGACACUUAUUUGAACCUGUGUCUUCAGUCUCCUGCAUUUGAUGAACCCGUCGCUUGCUUCCACUUCCUCUGCUGCUCCAAAUCCGACACUGCUCGAACCUCGCGCCUCGCGCCUCGCAGUGUCUGGGAUCCGGUGCUAG